AUGCAUCCACCUUUGACUCUACAUAGGCACCCUUUAUGUGCUGAUAUUAUAGAGGAGUUCCAGAAGUGUCACACAGACCACCCACUAGGAAAAUUCCUUGGGCAAUGCACGGAUCUGAAAAUAAAGCUUGACCGGUGCUUCAGGCAAGAGAAAGCUAUAAAGAGAAAAGCAAAUUUUGAACAGAGCAAGAAGUUGAAGGAGAGGCUCCAGGCUUACAGGAAGGAAACUGCUGGCAUGCAAUCUUGA